AUGAGCCCAUACGCAACAGUGGCGCCUCAAAAGUCACACCACGUUUUGCUUCCCUCUGCUGGUGUGCCAUUGGAGCCUCUGUUUUCAGUGGCGCCUCAAAAGUCACACCACGUUUUGCUUCCCUCUGCUGGUGUGCCAUUGGAGCCUCUGUUUUCAGUGGCGCCUCAAAAGGCACACCACGUUUUGCUUCCCUCUGCUGGUGUGCCAUUGGAGCCUCUGUUUUCAGUGGCGCCUCAAAAGUCACACCACGUUUUGCUUCCCUCUGCUGGUGUGCCAUUGGAGCCUCUGUUUUCAGUGGCGCCUCAAAAGUCACACCACGUUUUGCUUCCCUCUGCUGGUGUGCCAUUGGAGCCUCUGUUUUCAGUGGCGCCUCAAAAGGCACACCACGUUUUGCUUCCCUCUGCUGGUGUGCCAUUGGAGCCUCUGUUUUCAGUGGCGCCUCAAAAGGCACACCACGUUUUGCUUCCCUCUGCUGGUGUGCCAUUGGAGCCUCUGUUUUCAGUGGCGCCUCAAAAGGCACACCACGUUUUGCUUCCCUCUGCUGGUGUGCCAUUGGAGCCUCUGUUUUCAGUGGCGCCUCAAAAGGCACACCACGUUUUGCUUCCCUCUGCUGGUGUGCCAUUGGAGCCUCUGUUUUCAGUGGCGCCUCAAAAGUCACACCACGUUUUGCUUCCCUCUGCUGGUGUGCCAUUGGAGCCUCUGUUUUCAGUGGCGCCUCAAAAGUCACACCACGUUUUGCUUCCCUCUGCUGGUGUGCCAUUGGAGCCUCUGUUUUCAGUGGCGCCUCAAAAGGCACACCACGUUUUGCUUCCCUCUGCUGGUGUGCCAUUGGAGCCUCUGUUUUCAGUGGCGCCUCAAAAGGCACACCACGUUUUGCUUCCCUCUGCUGGUGUGCCAUUGGAGCCUCUGUUUUCAGUGGCGCCUCAAAAGGCACACCACGUUUUGCUUCCCUCUGCUGGUGUGCCAUUGGAGCCUCUGUUUUCAGUGGCGCCUCAAAAGGCACACCACGUUUUGCUUCCCUCUGCUGGUGUGCCAUUGGAGCCUCUGUUUUCAGUGGCGCCUCAAAAGGCACACCACGUUUUGCUUCCCUCUGCUGGUGUGCCAUUGGAGCCUCUGUUUUCAGUGGCGCCUCAAAAGUCACACCACGUUUUGCUUCCCUCUGCUGAUGUGCCAUUGGAGCCUCUGUUUUCAGUGGCGCCUCAAAAGUCACACCACGUUUUGCUUCCCUCUGCUGGUGUGCCAUUGGAGCCUCUGUUUUCAGUGGCGCCUCAAAAGGCACACCACGUUUUGCUUCCCUCUGCUGGUGUGCCAUUGGAGCCUCUGUUUUCAGUGGCGCCUCAAAAGUCACACCACGUUUUGCUUCCCUCUGCUGGUGUGCCAUUGGAGCCUCUGUUUUCAGUGGCGCCUCAAAAGGCACACCACGUUUUGCUUCCCUCUGCUGGUGUGCCAUUGGAGCCUCUGUUUUCAGUGGCGCCUCAAAAGUCACACCACGUUUUGCUUCCCUCUGCUGAUGUGCCAUUGGAGCCUCUGUUUUCAGUGGCGCCUCAAAAGUCACACCACGUUUUGCUUCCCUCUGCUGGUGUGCCAUUGGAGCCUCUGUUUUCAGUGGCGCCUCAAAAGUCACACCACGUUUUGCUUCCCUCUGCUGGUGUGCCAUUGGAGCCUCUGUUUUCAGUGGCGCCUCAAAAGGCACACCACGUUUUGCUUCCCUCUGCUGGUGUGCCAUUGGAGCCUCUGUUUUCAGUGGCGCCUCAAAAGUCACACCACGUUUUGCUUCCCUCUGCUGGUGUGCCAUUGGAGCCUCUGUUUUCAGUGGCGCCUCAAAAGGCACACCACGUUUUGCUUCCCUCUGCUGGUGUGCCAUCGGAGCCUCUGUUUUCAGUGGCGCCUCAAAAGUCACACCACGUUUUGCUUCCCUCUGCUGGUGUGCCAUUGGAGCCUCUGUUUUCAGUGGCGCCUCAAAAGGCACACCACGUUUUGCUUCCCUCUGCUGGUGUGCCAUUGGAGCCUCUGUUUUCAGUGGCGCCUCAAAAGGCACACCACGUUUUGCUUCCCUCUGCUGGUGUGCCAUUGGAGCCUCUGUUUUCAGUGGCGCCUCAAAAGGCACACCACGUUUUGCUUCCCUCUGCUGGUGUGCCAUUGGAGCCUCUGUUUUCAGUGGCGCCUCAAAAGGCACACCACGUUUUGCUUCCCUCUGCUGGUGUGCCAUUGGAGCCUCUGUUUUCAGUGGCGCCUCAAAAGGCACACCACGUUUUGCUUCCCUCUGCUGGUGUGCCAUUGGAGCCUCUGUUUUCAGUGGCGCCUCAAAAGGCACACCACGUUUUGCUUCCCUCUGCUGGUGUGCCAUUGGAGCCUCUGUUUUCAGUGGCGCCUCAAAAGGCACACCACGUUUUGCUUCCCUCUGCUGGUGUGCCAUUGGAGCCUCUGUUUUCAGUGGCGCCUCAAAAGGCACACCACGUUUUGCUUCCCUCUGCUGGUGUGCCAUUGGAGCCUCUGUUUUCAGUGGCACCUCAAAAGGCACACCACGUUUUGCUUCCCUCUGCUGGUGUGCCAUUGGAGCCUCUGUUUUCAGUGGCGCCUCAAAAGGCACACCACGUUUUGCUUCCCUCUGCUGGUGUGCCAUUGGAGCCUCUGUUUUCAGUGGCGCCUCAAAAGUCACACCACGUUUUGCUUCCCUCUGCUGGUGUGCCAUUGGAGCCUCUGUUUUCAGUGGCGCCUCAAAAGUCACACCACGUUUUGCUUCCCUCUGCUGGUGUGCCAUUGGAGCCUCUGUUUUUUGUGCUCAUGCCACUGACUCAUCCAGCCUUCCUCCCCUUGCCUCCUUUCCCUGCCCCCUGCCUGCUCCUCCCCUCUCUCCCACUCUCUCCCACUCUCUCGCACCUGCGAAACACUUAUGUUUCCGCAUCUGUCAGUGAUGAAGCUACGAGACCUUCUGGGUGGCUUGUUGAGCAUCGUCGGGACACGUUCCUCUCCAACCAGCAGCAUCUCCUUCACAUCUUCCCUUACUGGUUGCAAGGCGAUCUUCCACCUACAGUCAGGCUGUUCUACACUGCUUCAAACCUCGUCGCUCUAAAGUAA